AUGAAUCGAAUACUCGCAGUCACAGUCUCCGCUUUGGCUUCUGCCUCGGAACGACUCACCGUAUCUAUCCCAGUGCUCUUAAUACUCGGCUUGGUGGUACGGACCAUAUACCGUCUAUAUUUUGAUCCGCUACACCACAUACCGGGCCCUAAGCUGGCAGCAAUUACUCACCUCUACGAGUUCUAUCACGAUGUCAUCCGAGGGGGGUUGUUUAUAUGGGAAAUAGAGAAGAUGCACCGGGAAUACGGACCCAUAGUGCGGAUCAACCCCCGUGAAGUCCAUAUCAAAGACUCGCAAUUCUAUGAGGAGAUAUACGCGCCUGCCAGCGGGGGAAGACGAGACAAGGACCGGCAAGCCGUUGAGAUAUUCAGCUCCCCUACCGCGAUGGUUGCAACGGUUGACCACGACACGCACCGUAUACGCAGAAAACUACUCACCUUCUUCUUUUCGAGACGGUCGAUCGAGCGGCUGGAACCUGUUGUCCAUGAGUCACUGUCAAAGUUCCUAGAUAGCCUUGUCGCAGCCUACAAGGAAGACACCGUGGUGGACCUUAUUGACAGACUCCAGGGCUUGACAGGCGAUGUGAUCACACAAUAUGCUUACGGGAACAGCUAUGGGCUCCAGGAGCCCCAAAAUAUCGGUCGCGGGAUCACAAAGGUGGUCCAAGAAGGAACGACCCAGAUCCACUUGCACCGGUUUUUCCCUUUCUUUGAGCGCCUUCUGCGAGUCGUUCCAAAGUGGUUCAUGGCCCAGAUGCUGCCAGCCAGAGCGGCAAUAUACGACCUUUUGAAUGGCGUAAGAGAGCAGUCAAUUGAGGCGCUUAAACAGAGGGAUAUGUCCGCCCCUCCUCCGAAGAAGACAACAAUGUUCCAUGCCCUAACUGCGCCAGAAGUACCCCCAGAAGAACGAACAUUACAACGCCUCCAGGAUGAGGGAUUAGUUCUGUUCGCGGCGGGCACUGAGACCACAGCAACCAUUUUGGGCGUGGCUCUAUUUCACAUUCUGAAUAAUAAAGAGGUCCAUCGGAAACUGCGCAAUGAGCUUGACCAAGAACUGCCAACACCGCAAGCCGGGACAACGUGGCGUCAGCUUGAAAAGUUACCAUAUCUGAAUGCUACUAUCCACGAGGCCCUCCGCUGUUCCGGCCUGACUAUGCGACAACAAAGAAUUGCCCCGACAGAGGUAGUAAAAUACAAGAAUUAUGUCAUUCCACCUGGAACUCCCGUCAGCAUGAUCUCCCAUUUCGUGAAUAUGGAUCCAGACAUCUUCGACGAUCCGCAGACAUUCAAGCCUGAACGCUGGAUACUCGCGGCCGAAAAGAAGCAAAAUCUCUCUAGAUUCCUUGUGACAUUUGGCAAGGGCAACCGGAACUGUAUAGGCAUGAACCUGGCCUAUGCCGAACUAUACAAUACCCUAGCAGCUGUUGUCCGUCGAUUCGAUCUGGAGCUAUAUCAGACCACUGAGGAGAAUGUUCGCUUCGUGCGAGACAUGCUGCUGCCGCGCAGCACAAAUGGCCCCUGGAAAGUCCGCGUGAAGGUUAUUGGUAUCCGCGAGGAAUAG